CCUCCAGAGCGACCGUUAUUCGGACGUGCUUGUUCGGCCUGCGGCGAUAGCAACAGGCUGAGCCGCCGCUCGUCCUGUAAGACAGAGCGGUCUCUCGCGGUACAAAGUUAGGUGGUUUGGUAGGACCGUGACUUGAUACUGAGCAGAGUCAGGGUAUCUGGAGUAGCAGAUCAAUAAGACCCAGUAGCUGUUCAAGCUCGCCAUCAUGGGUUUCGGAAAAGGAAUCGACGGCGGCUGCGGUAAGGUGAUGCAGUACCUGCUGUUCCUGGCCAACUUCCUCAUCUUUGUCGGUGGCCUGACAGUGCUGUCGGUCGGCAUCUGGACACUGGUCGACAAGAACCAGUUCUCGGAGAUCGUCGGCACCACCAUGUACUCGAACGCCGCCAUCCUACUGAUCUUCGCCGGCGUCAUCGUCGUCAUCAUCUCGUGCCUGGGCUGUCUCGGCGCACUGAAGGAGAACAAGUGCAUGCUGCUGUCGUACUUCGUCAUCCUGCUCAUCAUCUUCCUGUUCAUGCUGACCGCCGGCAUCCUCGCCUACGUGUUCCGGGACGAAGUCGGCGACAAGAUCGAGGACGAGAUGAAGGACACGAUGGAGGACUACAACCAAAAGCAGGCCAUCAAGCAGGGCUGGGACCUGGCGCAGUCGCGGCUCAAGUGCUGCGGUGUGAUCACGAAAACCGAGUGGGGUAGCUCCAUCCCGUCUUCCUGCUGCCCUGACGAACCGGAAACGUGCACAUCCGGACAGGCCUACAGCGCCGGCUGCAAGGAGAAGGUCAAGAUGUACGUCAAGGAUCACGCCAAGGUGAUCGGCGGUGUAGGCAUCGGUAUCGCCUGCAUCAUGAUCCUGGGAAUGAUCUUCAGCAUCAUCUUGUACAAGAUGAUCGAUUAAAAUAAGGAUAGGGAUGCAGAAGUUGGAUCCUGAAGACCGGGAAGUGGUAAGCUGAGCGGAGGUACUGCUGAUGAAGAUGUGCUGUUGGUACGGGGGAUAAAAGAUCCCCACAGAUACGACCAUUGUGGGGCGUCGGCUCACCGGCAUCUGAAGAUAUCAUGGGGCUGAUGCUAAGGGCGUUUCGUUUUGAUAUUUAGCACCAUUCAACGGUUUUAACUAUGAAUGUUGAAGAUUAUACUACCUAUUCUCGCAAGUUUUGCAGCUUCUGAAAGGUUGGACCAAUAAAGCAAGAGAUACAAACCAGCAGAAAAUAUAUACAUAUUAGUACUGGCAUACAGUAGCGCUUCUUCUGCGACCAACAGUUCACUUUGUCCGUUUCGAAAAGGAAUGCUCGCCUUGUUUAUCGAGCUAGGCUUAUUUUGGUGCUUUGACGACGGUCGUGUCGGCAUCGAUGUAUCGUAGUCUGCGCCAAUUUGUGCCUUCUCUCUGCGCCAGUUUAUAAUCGUCAAUCAUUAACGCUGAUGUGUCACAAACGUUAAGCAUUAACACCACGCGGAAUAGCACACAUGUAAAGCUGUAAUGUUACGCUUCUGGCAAGAAAUGUUACGCUUCUGGCGUGUUACAAGUAACUUUAAACGUACCGUGCGGCUUCGGUGUUGUAUCGAAGCAGUGCUGGCUAAUGCAGGUCAUCGUGAUUGUCGUAACACAAGCUGAUUGUCGAUGUUUCUAUGUCGUUUUAUAGGCACGUUUGUAAUUGUACUUGUCGUUUGUUUCUACGGUUAUAUUGCAAACACCUGCAAUGAUUUCUGCCCGUAUUUCGCGCGUGCAUCGUCCAACCGAUGAAUUGCCUUGUUUUGUAACGUUGUUUCGUCCUACUCUUUACCCAUCUACGCAUAACUAGCGGCCGAAGUAUUUGCCCAACGGCGAAUUAGUCAGUGUUUCAUAGACAACGAAGCAUUAUUACCCUUCUUUGGGGUCUAGCUAAUAAUAUAAGCUAUACCUAUAUGUGUUGUAGAUUGGUCCACAUAACGAUGUGCAAGAGGUAUAUUUUAAGGUCCUGUGUAAAGUCGAGUUCACGUCGGAUGUGUUUUGCAUUAGGCGCAUGUGCCCGAGUCAAGGAAUGUUAUACAUCAUGAGAGAAUAAAUAUGCUAAAUGCAGCGAUAUUGCACAAAGACAGUCGAGCCUCAGAUGCGUGCCUCACUAAAGCAGCUCUUGAAUUGAGUAGCUGCUAUGCAUAUGAUUGCAUCCGUUGUGAAUCUAGCAUAAACUGCAUGUUUCUGUGUGUCUAUAUGGAGUUAAAUUUUCAGAACUUCAACUACAACUGAUGACCAACUGCGCUUGUAUAUCAGCAGUGAUAAACAUACUUGUGGUUAUCUAAAAAGGGGCUUCGGAAUCAUCCACGUAUGUUUUCCAUGGUCAAUAAACGGUAUAUCAUUUA